AUGACGCGAUGCGUCGAGAAUCGCAUGUCCUCGGCGCCCUCCCUCGUCUCCCACCCUCCCCCUCUCAGAGUCCUCUCCCUCCUCCUCCUCCUCCUCCUCCUCCUCGCGUCUUCGACGCCGACGCGCGUCCGCGCGUGCAGCACGUUCCUCGUCGGCAAGGACGCCUCCUCGGACGGCUCGCUGUUCGUGACGCACAGCGACGACGGCGAGGGCAACCCCGACGUCCGCCUCGCGUUCGUCCCGGCGGCGACGCACGCGCCGGGGAGCGAGCGCGCGAUAUGGCCGGACCUGGAGGAUAACCCGCGCUACGUCGGCGACGCGCGCGGAGAGACGUACCGCGCGAGGAGCGAGCGCGAGCGCGACGAGAAGACGACGCGACCCGUCGGCUUCAUCCCGCAAGUCGCGCGCACGUACGCGUACACGGAGGGCAACUACGGCAUCAUGAACGAGAAGCAGCUCUCCAUCGGCGAGAGCACGUGCAGCGGCGUGUUCACCGCGAAGGGCGCGCACGACGGCGGCGACGCGCUCUUCUGCGUGAACGAGCUCUCGAGGGUGGCGAUGGAGCGAUGCGUCACCGCGCGGUGCGCCGUCGCGCUCAUGGGCGACCUCGCGGAGAGACACGGGUUCUACGGCGCCAGCGGCGGCGUCGAGGGCGGCAGCGAGACGCUCCUCGUCGCGGACACGACGGAGGGGUGGGUGAUGCACUUCGUGCCGUACCCCGCGAACAACAGCGCGGUGUGGGCGGCGCGGCGGGUGCCGGACGACGAGGUCGCCGUGGUGAUGAACAUGUUUACGAUUCGAGAGGUGGACGGCGGCGAUCCCGACAACUUCAUGCACUCCGCGAACAUGCUCCCCGUCGCGAUCGAGCACCGCCUGUGGAACCCGAUCGGGAGCGUCGGCGCCUUCGACUUCACGAAGGCGUUCAGCGACGGCGAGUACGCGCACAAGUAUUACAGCGGCCGACGCGUGUGGGGCGCGUUUCGGCUGAUAAAUCCAAGUCUCAAGCUCUCGCCCGAGUACGGCGACCUGCGUCUCGACGCGCCGUAUCCGUUCAGCGUGAAGCCCGCGAGACCGGUCGCCGCGAGAGAUCUAUUCGCGUGGCACCGCGACUGGUACCAAGGCACGCCGUUCGACGUCACGAGGGCGGGCGACGUCGCCGGCGGGCCGUGGAGCACGCCGGAUCGAUACGGCGGCGGCGACGCGGAGGCGUCUCUCCCGGGCGCGGUCGAGCGAACGAUCGCGCUGUAUCGCACGACGUACACGCACGUGCUGCAGACGAGAGCGUGGCUGCCGGACCGCGUCGGCGGCGUGACGUGGUUCGGGCCGCACGCCGCGCACGGGACGUGUUUCGUGCCGGUGUUCGCCGGGUGCGAAGCCGCGCCGUCCGCGCUCAACGUCGGGAACGCGUCAACGAUCGAUCGCGGCUCCGCGUGGUGGGCGCACCGGUUCGCGCACAACCUCGCGCAGCUCAAGUUUAAGCACGCGAUCGAGGACGUGCGCGCAGCGCAGGAGAAGUGGGAGACCGCGGGGUUCGCGCUCGUGGACGAACUCAGCGCCGGAAGUGGUGGCGCGGCGGGCGGCGACGGAGAGACGUCUACGACGUACGCGUCGCCGGCGGCGCUGACCGCCGCCUCCGAGGCGCACGCCGCCGCCGUCGCGCGCGCGUGGUGGCGCCUCGGCGACGACCUCAUGGUGCGAUACGCGGACGGGUUCGUGAGCCCGUCCAUGGACGACGAGAGCGGCGCCGGCGACGCUCUGCCGGGUACGGCCGUGGGGUACCCGGCGUGGUGGCUCAACGCGAGCGGGUGGAAAGACGGGCCGCCGCCGCCGCCGCCGCCGCGGAAGGUUCCGAACGGCGGCGGCGGCGAGGCCGCGGGCGUUACGCGGGGGAGGGUCGAGGGGAGAUGGAACGUCGACCGUCGCCGUCGCGGCGGCCGUCGCGUCGUGCGCGCGUAG